AUGCCAAAUCCAGGAAAAACUAGAACUGCAAUGUCUGACGAUUUGGAUUUCACCGCCAUGGACGAGAACGGCAUGUCCUACGAAGAUAUUAUUGCGGCUGUCGAGCAUGAAAACAACAAACAAGGUGGAAAAGAAGGCCAAUCAACAGGCUAUAAUGGAGGCAAAAUGGAUGGCAAGUCCGAAGUUUCGCAGGGAAUGGACGCUUCUUCGUUUGACGACCAAAACGGCCGUGGCGAUACUACCGAGUUCUACGAGAACAGUCCAGAUGGAGCCACAUUGCAGCCAGAGGCAAUGCAAGAGGACACUAUCGGUUUUGCUUCUUCUACCAACAAUUCUGCCGGAGGAAAGGAAAACAGUUCUCGCGGUGUCAACACUUCCAACAGUUGCCACCCGAAUGGUGGUAACGGCCGCAAGACCAAUGCUAAUGCUAGUGCAAAUGACGCCAAGGAAGCAGCUUCUCCAGCCGAUGACAUUAGUCGUGAAGCAGGAAUCAUUCUAGAAAACAAGAUUCAAGAAGUACAAGAGUGGUGCAAGAAACUACUAGAGGAAAUCACUGUCUACGUGCAAGUCGCCAACAAGACCAACGAAGAGUUCUUGCGAAUCCAAAAACUCGAACACCAAGAGUCCGAGCGUCUUGACCGCGUCGAGCCAGAUGUCAAGGGAGCAACCAGCCAACUUCUUGGUUAUCCCUUCUACGGUGGAACGGCACAGAACCAAAGUGACGCUGCAACUCUUGAAGCGAACCACCGUGUGGGAUAA